GGUGGACUGUGCGCUCCCUCUAUCAAACCCAUAGAUAUCUAUAAGAAAGGCUGUGUAUCUAUGAUCAACCCCCCCAGUGUUGACCCUGUGAACCGGAAAUGAUUCAGUCACGAAUGAGCGACAGGUUUUUAUUCAUUCAGUGAACGACGCUUUGGAUAAUUGAUCAAAACAAGAAAAUCAAUCAAGCACGAAUUGAGCAUUACAUCAACUAUGUUUUACCAUAUUUCUUUGGAGCAUGAAAUCUUGCUACAUCCGAGGUAUUUUGGCCCUAACCUUCUCAACACCGUGAAGCAGAAGCUGUUCACAGAAGUAGAGGGUACCUGCACUGGCAAAUAUGGCUUCGUCAUUGCAGUCACCACCAUUGACAACAUCGGAGCAGGUGUGAUCCAGCCGGGGAGAGGCUUUGUCCUCUACCCAGUCAAGUACAAGGCCAUUGUGUUCCGCCCAUUUAAAGGAGAGGUGGUUGACGCUGUGGUCACUCAGGUUAACAAGGUUGGAUUGUUCACAGAAAUUGGUCCCAUGUCCUGCUUCAUCUCUCGCCACUCAAUUCCCUCAGAAAUGGAGUUUGACCCCAACUCCAAUCCUCCUUGUUACAAGACAGUUGAUGAGGACAUUGUCAUCCAGCAAGAUGAUGAGAUUCGGCUAAAGAUUGUGGGAACAAGAGUGGACAAGAACGACAUUUUUGCCAUUGGAUCUCUUAUGGAUGAUUAUCUGGGUCUUGUGAGCUGAUUUGCCCCAGAGGGAGCACAUUUCACAUGGGACAUUUAUUUAGUUAUUUCUUUGUUAAAAUUAAUAUUUUUCUACAGUGAUUGAUAAGGCAUGGUGGCAGGAAGAGAAGCCCCACAUCAACAUCAUUUCAUUAUUAUUACACUGCACACUGUUUUUAUUGGAACUGGUGUAACAUUCAAAGUAAAUCCAAGAGCUUGCAAAAUGUAAUACCAUAAAGAGGCGGCACAUUUUUAUUAAUUUAACAUUACUUUCAUGCAGAAUUCAGUUUGUAUCUCAACUAUUGUUUUUUUGUACGCAGACUGUAAUAAAGUAUUUUAUUUGUUGUA